AUGGCAGCAGCAAUGAAAGGUGAAGGGCAAGCGAUGGAUGUGAGCGGGCUUGCAAGUGUGUGGGAGGGAAUUGCAAGCGUGCGCAAGACUGCUCGUGAUACGGGCCUGAUUAUGCGGCUGCCUCCUGGUGCUCAGUUGUGCGAUAGCAACCGUGGGAAUGCUGUUGCUAAUACUGAUGUGUUGACUCCUUGCUUGGAGCGCAUGCGUGACCACGACCUGAAGCUUCCGUACAUCACCCCAUUACAGGAGGAGAUCGAGAUGUUCUUUCGGCAGGUGCAUGUUAAGGUUUCGGAGAAGGUUUGCUACAGAACGGCUGGUGAGAUCAAGAAGAUGUUGUCUUUUAUCAAGAGAAAGGCAAACAAGAAAGAGGAGCACAUCGACACGUACAUGGCUGGAGCUAUGAGGCAGGCCAACAUUGCACAGGCUGCACGGGAAGCUUUGCUACGAGCUCGCAGCUCAGCCAGUAUGGAGGGUUCGACUGGGGAUGAGAAUGAGGGCGAGGACGAUGAGUCAGUCGAGAGGGAGACUGACUUGGAUGAGUUUCGCCGCUGGCUGGACAGCCAGCCCCGCGGAUCGCAGAAUCCGAUCCCCGACCCAAGCUCAGCAUCCUCCGCUUCCUCCGGGCCACCCAGACCAGCAAUCGCACCUGCUGCAUCAUCCAACCCAGAAGCCUUAGCUGUUGUGCCAUCCCCUGCGCAAGCCGUAGCUGCAGUGCCAUCCCCGCCAGAAGCCGUAUCCCGUGAGCCAUCCCCGCGAGCAGCCGUAGCUGUCAAUGUGCCAUCCGCACCACAUGUUUCCCAUGAGCCAUCCCCACCAGCAGCCGUAGCUGUUCAUGUGCCAUCCCCACCGGAAGCCUCAUCUGGAUCAUCUGGAUCAGGGGCCAGAUCCAACACAAAGCAGUGUGAGGCAGCAGGGAAUGAAAGCCUCCCAUCCCAAGCGAAGGCGACAGAGCCAAGGCUUAACCGGUCAAAGGUGCUGGCCACUGCCGCCUGCGAGACACAGCCAUCCCAGGUUGCAAAGGUUCGCGAGUCGACUUGGCAUGCUUCGGGCAAUUGUGAGAAGUGUUACAAGUCUCCUGAUCAGUGCAACUUGAUGGCAUGUGAAAGACUUUAA